CAGACUUAUUAGAUAAUUAAUAAUGAUGUGAAGACUCUGGUUACGCUGGAUAUUAUGGCAUAUUUUAGUAUAUUUAUAUACGUCGCAUGCCUUGCUAUGCACUCUACUUUAUCACUACAAUGUUACCAGUGCAAUGAACUGACGUCGAACUGUUUAAUAGAAUAUGGGAAAACUGUCACCGCGUGUCGUCAAGAAAACCCCAAAUGUCAGAUUACUUAUAUAGAGGAGAGAGGUCAACUGAUCAUGUUUGCCAGGGAUUGUGCUGCCCCUGCUAUGUGCUAUGACAACUGUGAAAUUGACACUACCACUGGAAAUAACGUUUGCCAACAUUGCUGCGAUACGAAUCUUUGUAACCAUGGUAAUGCUCUGAACUCACGGACGAAGAAUACCAUUGCCAUGUGUCUAAUGUUAUGGCUUGUUAUAAUCUCCCUUAUAUGAAGUGCACAACGUAUUAAUAAAACACUGCCAGAAAAUGUAAGAAGGCGACGAGAUUACUAAAUUACUAAAUGUGGAAUUCCAAAUUAAUGAUGACGUCAGAUAAACUGAACCUACAUGCUGUGAAAAUGUGUACUUCAGUUAGCAUGUUAAUCAAAUAAUUCAUCACGUGAAUUUUUCAUGUCGAGGCUGACAGAGAUGAUUAUGUUUUGCUUCUAAUGUCCAUGAUGUCGGGAUAUCAUUGUAAAAGUGUUCUUAAAACGCCCUCAACGACCAAGGACACGCUUAGCUGAGCUAUUUUCGUCACCAGACAAGAGACGCCGGUAUUACGCCGUGCAUUAAUUCCGUAUUGAACAUAUAAUAAAAAAGAAUCGGUAAAUAAUAUAAAACGAUGAUGUAACUUUCAAGAUGUUUAUUUUUAAUAAGAUGGUAAUAAACAAAGUUUUAUAUAUAUA